AUGGGUGAAGUGUUAUUGCGACAGGAAAGUCAGACACGGCCACCGCACCUCGUGACUUGCUCACUUGUUGUCUACGCCUCCACCAACGCAACGCCAACGCCAAUGCCAACGCCAAUGUCAACGCCAACAGCCUAUCGGAAAGACACUGGCAUGCAACGGCGCAACGCUUGCGCCCUUCCUUCGCGCCCUGCUGCCGCGCGCUACACUCUCAAACCAGCAAAUAUCUAUCGUGACUCGUACCACUGGGAUCCAAUUGUUCUGGAUGGCUCUGAUUACGCCGAAGCGGGCAAUGGGCCUCUACGAUUCAACGUAAUUGAUACCUCAAAUCUUAUCGACCAUCUGAAUUUACUUGCUGCGGUCGCACCUUUACUGCUCCACGGUAGCUCUUCGAGUCUGUACACCGAGUGCUUGGUGCAGCGAGAAGACUCACAGCAAGACCACAUCAAUAGCCUGUUGUGUGGGCAUUUUCCUACAAUGUCCACGCUCAUGGGUCUUUUUCCUGUUGAGUACUGGGCUAACACCUCACCUUAUUCUACCGUAGACGAACUUCUCUUGGACUCGAACUAUGGAACAGCCGAUGACCUCACCCACAUGAGACAGAGACACAUCAAGUUGACAUGGAAGCAAACAACUACAGGACUCGUAUCGCACACGCCGGAUAUUAGAACAACUCUGCAAAUGGAUGAACUCGGGCUGGCUCGAAUUCUGCAUAAGGUGUACCUCAACAUGUUUCGACAUGAAAAUAUCCAACUACUACUCUCCGGUCUUAGUCCACGGUCUAUGUCAGCGCACUCUAUGCCCCGCUACCAUCGAGGAAGCUUCGCCCUCAUUCUGCGCUUUGUGCGCAGUCGCGUCGCGACAAAGUGGGACAUGAUGAUAGGCCAUCUUCUAGACCUCAUUGAGGCCGAAACAACUGUCAUGAUGAGCUUGAACUACAUCCAGGAGCUAUAUCUUUAUCUUCAUUUGUAUGGUGUGGUUUCUGUGGCCACUCUUUCAUCAUCGCCGACGCAGCCAAACUUCCCUGGGGAAGGACGUCUGAGAAACUGGAAAAACACUCCUUCCCUCAUGUGCGUUAUCUUGGUUGUUCCGAGGGAGAAGGUCCAGGUCAUCACAAAUGUCGACACCGAUGAAAUCGGAAGCCCCAUUAUGCAUUGCGUGAUACAGUCAUCUCAGAGCUACCGUGCUCAGAGAUGGCAGAACAUCUUUUCCGUCGUCCAGGUCUCUUUCGGCAACCUCUCUGGAACAGGGGCACCAAACACGGACUCAUUCCAACUCAGCAUCGCGGAGGAUGAGCUGCGAUGGAGUGGUAGCUCCUCUCUCAUAGUGUCAUUUCUGGUUCCAACCUGGACCCUGUUGCUAAAGCCGCAAGCUGCUAGAAUUGCCUUCGGGAUCCAGAGCACCCCUGCGACAGCACAGACUUUUCUGCGCACCCUUGGAGUGGAGAUGAAUAUCUUUGAGACAAACUUGGGAGAUGAAAGCAGCGUUUUCUUUUCCAGAUUUCCUCCAAACCACAAAGACAGUUCUUCUUUGCUGCUGUUACCCAGCCCGGGACAAUCCCCUUCAAGCACAGAAACAUCUGUCGCCAGUAGCAAGAUCUCCGCAAACAUAGACUCUACUGGCUUAAAGAUGACUACUCUGACUUGCCGGCUUCAGAUACAUUCUGAGGAUCUCCGGAAGGCAUUGCAACGUGGUGACGAAGUCCAGACAAGCCAGAGGUCUCCAUGUACUUUCCUUGAAACCGUUGGUCCGAAGUCCAUACCAAUCGCCUUUCAAUUUCCCGCGCCUGUGAUCAGAAUGAAGAGCAAGACAAGAAUCGCUCGUAAGUCUUUGUAUAUCGAGGUCGAAGCGCCGCUAGCGGAUGCGACGGUCUGGAAAACCUUCCCAGCACAUCUCUAUCCGGUCAUCUUGGCUGGCAGCACUCCACUGAUGUUGAAUAUGUCGCGCCUGAAUUUGGACUGCUUGCCAAUUGUUGACACCUCGACGAAAUCUGAGAUCCAGUGGCUCAAUAUGCAUGUGGGUGGGAUGUUCAACACCCGAGUUUUCCUCAGUUUCCUUCAAGGUGAACCAGCGCUGCCAACACAGCUCGAGCAUGUCAACCUAACCCGCCUCUGCUUCGCUCAGUUGUCUCUCGCCUCGCACGCUUCUGAUAUUUCUCGGGACUCCAUUCGCGAGUAUAUCAUUCGCGGCGAAUAUGCUUUCACAGAAUACUCUAUUAUAUAUGCCUUCGAUCAUUUACUAAAUGUGCUUUCCGAAAGAGAUGAGGCUUCCACCUCCAAUUAUGGAGCUCUUAGCAUCAACUUGCGAGAGUUCGUAGCGAAGCGCGUCAGCACGCCGAAGGAACGCGCCGAAGGAAAGAAACACAUUGACAGCAAGCUUCAAGUGUUCAAGGCUGAGAACUUCUACGACGGCCUAAAGCACGCUAUUACGUAUCACAGGGAUUCCCUAGAGAAACCAACAAAUGAUGUCGAGGAGAAACCCGUAUUAGCCGUUCUACAGCAAUUUGCGCAUGUUCGCUCUGUUCUAGAGAAGAUGGUCACUUCCGGUCUCACUACUAACCUCAACUCUCUCUACGGUCAAUGCCUUUUCAAAUGUUCAGAACCUCGUUGUGAAUCGUUCCAUAAUGGCUUUUCCACACAACAAAUUCGCGACAAGCACCGUGACCGACAUGAGCGUAUCUACCUGUGCUCCAUUCCAGGCUGUUCAUCAGCUAUGAUUGGUUUUAGCACCUUCAUGAGUCUCCAAAAGCAUGAAAAAGACUACCACGAAGGGAUAAAUGGUGAAAUAAGUUUCCCCUGGCACGGUACUCUGGGAUCACUAAACAUUUCUAAGGAAAUAAAACAAGGCAAUUAUUCCGCUUUUGAACUUUGGUUGUAUCAGUGGAAAGAUUUGGUCCCUGAUGAUCAGAUAGCGGAUUGGAGAAACAGCCCACUGAGAGCAGCAUCCUACAGCCAAAAUAGGAUACUUAAGCAAUUAAUUAGCAAAAUCAGGCCUAACUUAAAGCCAUACAUCAUUAAAUGGCACAUUUAUGAAGGCAUUAGGGCGGGAAAUGAAGAGGGGGCUCAGAUAAUGAUCAGACACUUCGACAAGUUGCGGGAAAGGGACAUCUACGAGCUUCUAGCGAAAGCCCUGCGGGUCGGCAUGGAUGAAGCCGCGAAGGAAUUUCUGAAGCAUCCCUCAUCGCCGCUCCAUGAUCAACUGAGACCGAGCAGAAAAACGUCAUAUUUGAAUCUCGCCAUUCGAUUUGACCGCUUCGCAGUCUUCCAACAUAUUCUUAGAACCUACCAGGUCGAUCCAAAUCAAAUAGAUGACAAAGGACGUAACUCUUUGCAUGCAACGGCGGAGUUUGGCCGGACCGAAAUCGCCGCAUAUCUCAUCGAAACCAAGAGGUGCGAUAAAUGUAUUGGCAACAAAAAAGGCGACACUCCGCUCGUUAUUGCCGGCCGCCAAGGCUACGAAGAGUUCAUCGCGUCGAUAUACCACGAAACGAUAUCUGAAACGGAAGUCCAGGUAUGGCUGAGAGUGGCCCAGCUCCGUAACGCCGCCCGUGACGGAAAUGACGAAAAGGUCAGAGAGCUACUUAACGAGGGAUUAGGGCCCAUAGAUGAAGUGGACACACAAAACCGGUCGCCAUGGUUAUGGGCUGUACAAGGGAAUCAUAACCGCGUUGUAGAGGCAUUUCUGAGCAACAACGAUGUCAUGUUCAAAAGAGGUCUCCCAUUAAGUUAUGGUAAGAAUAAUACGUGGCCAAGUGCACUUCAUCUUGCUGCUUUGUCUGGAAAUGAUUCAAUGGUGCGAGCGCUACUACAAAGCGGCAAGUUUGACGACGAAAUCGAUCGGGUCUGUGGUUAUUUUGGAAAAUGGCCGAAAGGGCCGAAAGGACGUCGUGUCACCGGGUCCCCUCUACGUAUUGCGAUGGAUUGCAAGCAUAAGGAUAUAGUAAAGAUUAUCAAGCAUUACAAGGCUUCUUUGGAUAAGAAUAACAAAGAACCGCCUGAAACCAUUUUUCGAAUACCGGAAAUACCGGAACCAUAA